AGGAGUAUUCCUUGUGAAAUAAUAUAUUUUUUGCUAAUUAUUUAUGUUACUAAUCCAAAACUUAAUACUGUAUGACUUUAAAUUAUGUUAAUUUUUAUUUUUUAAAUUUAGUAUCACUGGUUUAACAACUUUUGAAACUACGUUAAUUCUAGUAUUUGGCCAAAGACCCCUUCUAACCUAUCCUAUUAUUGAAAUAGCAACCAUGCAAAAAUACGAGAAACUGGAGAAAAUUGGUGAAGGGACCUAUGGAACAGUCUUCAAGGCAAAAAACAGAGAAACACUAGAGAUAGUGGCUCUGAAGAGGGUUAGGCUUGAUGAUGAUGAUGAGGGUGUCCCGUCAUCAGCCCUAAGAGAGAUUUGUCUUCUCAAAGAGUUAAAACACAAGAAUAUUGUCAGACUGUACGAUGUGCUCCAUAGUGACAAGAAGUUGACUUUGGUGUUUGAACAUUGUGACCAGGAUCUCAAAAAAUACUUUGACAGCCUCAAUGGAGAGAUUGAUCUGGACGUUGUCAAAUCUUUCAUGUAUCAGCUCUUGAGAGGACUUGCGUUUUGCCACUGUCAUAACGUUCUCCACAGAGAUCUCAAACCUCAGAAUCUUCUAAUUAAUAAGAAUGGCGAGCUGAAACUAGCUGACUUUGGCCUAGCCAGGGCGUUUGGUAUACCAGUCAAGUGUUAUUCAGCUGAGGUUGUAACCCUGUGGUAUCGCCCUCCAGACGUUCUGUUUGGUGCUAAACUCUACACUACCUCCAUCGACAUGUGGUCGGCCGGCUGCAUAUUUGCAGAACUUGCUAAUGCUGGCCGUCCGCUGUUCCCGGGCUCAGACGUGGACGAUCAACUGAAGAGGAUCUUCAAGUUAUUGGGAACUCCCAAUGAUGAGACGUGGCCUAGUGUUACUCAACUGCCCGACUACAAGCCUUUUCCUCUAUACCAUCCCACCAUGAGUAUGGUCCAGGUAGUGCCAAAGUUGAACAGUAAAGGUCGUGAUCUACUGCAGAGAUUGUUGGUUUGCAACCCGUCUCAGCGGAUGGCAGCAGACGACGCCAUGGCUCACUCUUACUUUGCUGACCUCCCUUCCUCUGUUCGUCAGUAGUGCCAACACUGUCUCUGGGGAUAAUGUAUUGUCCAAAGUUGUUACAGGAUAUUUGGUAACUUAAAAUCAAUGUGAAAUGAAUGGAAAGGAAAAUCACUGUUAUUUGUUCGCCCAUGAAUGUUUGUACUCUAGUUUUGACGUUAUACAGUAGACUCCAAUCUAUUCACUUGUGGAUUAACCACACUUCGGAUUGACCACAAUCGUUAAAAAUCAAAGUAAAAAAAAAUAUAUUUUUUAAUUAUUUAUUAUUAUUUGAAUAUAUUAUGCGAGUUAAAUGUACGUUAAUUAGCGGCGACCAAGAUGUUUAACCUGAGGAGGUCCAUGAUAUCGCAGAGUUGCCAUCGUUUACUGAACCAACACAACUCCAACUCAUUUCAGUAUGAGUUACUGAUUACAACCAAUGAGUUGAUUAACGACCGCACUAAUGAGUACUACAAAUACCUGCAGUGCUAUCCUGAUAAUUAGACCAAUUUGUUAAUUACAAGGCAAAAAUGUGGUUUGGAUUCCACUAUAAACUGUAGGUCCCUUAGUUGCCAUUGGCUGUAUGGGCUAUUAAUUAAGAGCUGUGUCUAAGGAACAUGUCGGGCUUAGUCACUAACAAGGCUACAAGAUCGCGCCACUCAUCCUUCACUCAUAUUUGGGUUAAAAUACACACCUAGUGGUGUCCCCAUCUUAAAUAAUUGAACUUCAACCAGGACGUGAAUGAGCCAUGCGGAUACUUUUGAAGUUAAACGGGGCAAAGCCCGCGGGUACAGCUAGUCUUAAAUAAUUGUUAUAAUUGAUAAUUGGUAUACAUGUAUAACUGUAAUGACAGGAAAAAAAGUAUAGCAUGUCUUUAGUGCACUACGCUUGGUAUAACUAUAAAUACCUGAACGCAGGAAAUAGGUAAUUAUUUUAUAUAAAUUUAAAUAAAAACUGUCAUUUUAUAUUGGAUUAAGAUAAGAAAACUUUAGCUCUUGUGUGCUAAACCACAAACGAUAAUAUCAUACAUGAGAUUACUUUCCUUUUUUUAAGGUCCACAGAGGCCUAAAUAAUUGUUAGAUUUUACUUUUGUGUAAUACCUGACAGCUAUUUUGAUUGAUUUUGCCAUGUUUAAACUAUUCUUCUUCUGUUUGCUAUUCUUGUGGUUGGAUGAUGAACUGAUAAACAUAUUUUUGGUUUCUUUGUGAUACAAAGUUCUAGUCAUGUAGUGUUGUAAGAUAGGCCUCUCUGUGUGUGAUUUAUACAUGUUUGUUUAUAACUAUAUUAUCCUUGUUCAUUGGUAGAAUACAUUCCAUUUAAGUGUUCCAUUUUUAAUUCAAAACUCUGCUUUACACCAAUGUAAUUUGUAUACCUUUAUACUGUACUAGUUUUAAUAUUUUCCUUGUGUGAAUUUUAUAUGCAUUAGCUCACAUUGAUUAAAGAUUAAAGCAAUGAUAAUUUGAGUUAAGAUCGUUUGGUUGAUAUUAAUUUUAUAGCUAUAAUUCUGUAAAUAAGUGUACAGCUAUUCAUAACAUUAUUGUGACAUAUUUUUGUAAAUAAAUAAAACCUCUUUUUUAAAAAAUU